UUAAGUCCAAGACAGUGUCAGCCGAUUGCCCGAUUUAUCCAAAAUUAAUUAUUUUUAUUUAAAAAGAGACACAUUCCUUUCAUAAAUUUAGAUCAUCCGAACUUAUUUGAGACAAGAAUCCAAACCAAAUGAAAAAUGGUCCGCAGACUUCGCGAGCCAAGUACUUCAGAAGAUGAAAUAAAUAUAGAUACAUCACCGCCAAAAAAACAUAAACGACAUAAACACAAAAAGCAUAAGAAACGUAAACUCGAAAAUGAUUACGAAAGCGACACCUCGAUCGAUGUUUCGUAUGAAGACGCGUUGGAUAAAUCAUUUAAAAGGGUAAAAGCAGACAGAGAAAUUCCAGGCACCUCAGCAGCUGAUAUUUUAAAGGCGCAAGCCAUGAAAUCCUCGUCAGAUUCCAGAAAAUCCAUUCCUGGGUCUUCUUCAAGCACUCCUCCAAAAGCACCAACAAAAAAGAAGAAAAAGGGGCGAGAGAGUGGCACCUCUAGUGAAGAAGAAAGAUGGUUAGAUGCUAUUAAGUCUGGAAAAUUAGAGGAGGUGGAUGAAGAACUGAAAAAAAUCAAACCAAAAGACCCUAAAAUGAUGACAGCCAGGCAGAGAGCUAUGUAUGAAAGAGGAACUGACAAAGAAACUUGCCCUGGUGGUGAGGUACUAUUAGCUUUACCAUCAGGCUACAAAGAAAAAGUCAUGACAGCAGAAGCUAUACAAAAAGCAGCACUUAAAUCACAGAAAAGAAAGCAGUUAGCGGAUGAAAAGAGAGAGAAGGAUAAAAAGAAAACCAUGGACAGACUGCUUAAAAAGCAGGAAUCCAAAAAUUUUAAAAAUGCUCAGAAAGGAAAACCAGUUAGAAAACUGGAACCCAUGAUCCUUUAUAAAAAUAAUAAUAAUGGAGCAACUCUAUCUUUACCACUAGGUAUUCCAUUUCCAAUUGAUGCAAAACCUCCUAUAGAAGCACCAAAACCAGUGAAAUGUGGUAUAGAAGGAUGCCCUAAUAUAAAGAAAUACAACUGUUCUAAAAGUGGGAUCCCAUUAUGUAGUCUGGAAUGUUAUAAGAAAAGUUAUAUGGCUUUAAUUACAUAAAAUUUGAUACAUAA